AGAUAGUUGAGGUUAUAUAUUUGGACCACUCACAAAACAGCUAGUCACUGCACUUUUUGCUAAAGAUAAGACCAUACUUUCCUUUCUAAACCUACCUCACAAUCAUUUUAACCUGGCUUUACAACCAGUUCAAUCAAUUCAGUAUUUGUUAGAGAAAAAAGUGAAAAGCUAGCUAACAAGAAAAUGAGUUUCAGAAUGAUUGCAGCCUUUUCUCUUCUAGUUUUUGUCCAUCUCAUCAACCUUGCUUCUUCAAAUACUACCAAGAACAUCUUGCCUGCAGAAUUUGUGCAGAAGAGCAAGUUAGAAGAUAAGGCAAUAUAUGUAAGUAAAAUGGAAGGAGGUGGUAUUCAUGGAGGAGGCGGUCAUGGUGGCCAAUCACAUGGAGGAGGAGCAGUUAUACCUGUUUAUGCAGCCGGUGCUGCAAAUAAAAACCACCAGCCUCCGAGUCAUCAUAGUGCUGCUGACUGCAACCUCAACAAAAUCAAAUUCUCUUCCACGCUUAUGUUGGUCUUAGUCUAUCCUCUUAUGCUGAUUGUUUGGUUAACAUAGGAAGUGCAGAACUAGUUCAGUAUAUGCUAUGCAACUGUUACACACUUACACGUUCUUUUAUACAGUUAUGUUUUCCAGUGCCCUGAAAUUGAGUGAUGUGUUUUGUUCAGUUAGAAUUUGUAACACUAUGCAAAAUGUAUCAAGGAAUGUUUACAUACUCAAAAUAUCAAAUCAAAAUCAUAGAAAGGCAAUAAAGUCUGCAGAUUUCAUGUGGGCAGAAGGUGCUGACUUGUUUACUGAUCAGCAGUUGUAAUCUGAAAGAUACAUAUUGGAUAGGCAGUACCAUGAUGCACAAUUAUAACUGAAACAACUUUGUACAAAUAUUAUCAUUUUUCAUAAGUGGUUUCGUUGGGCAGUGUUUGCAAGUUGAAUGUAACAGUUUAUACAGAUCAUUAAUGUUCAUCUUAAGUACUA